UUCCGUUGCACCCUUGUGACGUCAUGACGCUUCAGAGCAGAGAGAGAGGCAAGAUGGCUACCUCCUCCUCUGCCUGGCUGCGUGCUCCCUCUGCGAUGCGACUCACGGAGGGUUUGGUGUCGGUUCUGAAGGAACAGCGACCAGAAUACCUACCGGCUCUGCUGGCCAACUACAGAGAACACGGAGUGUUUCAGAACCAGGGCUCGAGUGCUGUUGGGGGUCUCGUGGGUUUCAGCAAUGCCAAACUGGGCUCGAGCAAGACCAGGUUUGAGGGUCUCUGCCUGCUCUCCAUGCUGGUGAAGGACAGCUCCAGUGAUCUGUUCCAGCAGCACUGUGUUUCCUGGCUGCGCUCGCUGCAGCAGGUCAUACAGUCUCAGGCUCCGGUUCAGACCAUCCAGCUGGCGGUGAACAUCCUGAAGGACUUACUGCAGUACUCGUCACAGCUAGCAGAGCUGGCCAGGGAGGUCGGCCUCAACUCCAUCCUGGGCAUCCUCACAUCUCUGCUGGGCCUCAAGACGGAGUGUGAGCUGGCAGCCAUGGAGGGGAUGACUGCCUGUAUGACCUUCUACCCCAGAGCCUGUGGAUCCCUCAGGGACAAACUGGGGGCGUAUUUCCUCUCCAAAAUGGACAACACGAACAAGAAGACACAAGAGAUGGCCUGUCAGUGUUACGGUCGCCUGCCCUGUCUGGGCGGCCUGUUGGACAGAGGCGUGGGCGCCGGCAGAGCCGAGGGCUGGACCAAUCAGAUUCACUGCCUGCUGGCCUCGGCCAAUGGCCUGCUGGCUCAGAUCUACCAGGGUUCAGAAACAGAUGGAGCGGUGCAGUACGAAGGUCCGGGCGUGGAGCUGGCCUUCUCUCAUCUUGACCAGUCGGAUCCUCUGCUGCUGCUGCAGCUCCAGCACAGAUACACAGCCGUCUGCCUGGCACUCAAACACACACUCAGGGUGGAUCCAGCCUCUGCUGUCCGUCUGCCUGUCAGACCGAUACUCAACCUGGUGUGCCGAGUCCUCGCCGUCAGCUCCAAGAGCAUAAAUUUAACAGGAGAUGGCAGCGUGAGGUUGCUGGUUUUGCCCAUCAUACACACCAACACACUGGAGGUGUUAUCAGCUCUUAUCAUAGCUGUGCGUAGCGGCAUGGUCCAGUACGCUGCUGUGCUACAGAGGCUGUUCUCUCAAACGCUGUCUGCCUGGACGCCGCUAGCUGAAGCCAGUCUGGGACAGCAGAGAGCCUACAGCUCGGUGCGGGUGUCGGUGUACAGGACCGUAGAGCUGUGGGUCCAGGUGGCCGGAGCCUCCGCUAGCAUCCUUCAGGGAAGCCCCGGCCACUCCGAACUCCUGUUCAGUCACCUGCUUAGUGACAUCACACCAGGGGCGGAGUCUGUCAAGCUCCGGGCCGGUCUGUCAGCAGAUGCGGUUCCCGGAGGGAAGCCAGGCCCGCGGAGGACUAAACCGCUGGUCAUCGCAGACACCAUCGGGCCGUCACUCCAGAGGAAAGGAGACCUCCUGGCCAAUCAGGACACUUGUCUUUCAGCCCUCAGAGCACUGAGGCACAUCAUACUGACCAGCGGUACACUGCUGAAAGACGAUAUCCACAAGCGUCUCCAUGACGUCGUGCUGCCGCUGUGUGUGCGUCUCCAGCAGCAGCAGACCAGCAGCAGCACUUCAUGUGAAUCAGCAGGGUGCGUCAGCGGGCAGUACAGCAGCGCCCUCACCCGACAGGAGCUGUACAGGCUAUUGCUGGCUCUGGUCCUGGUCCCGUCACCCUGCUGGCCUCCACCUCUGACCUGCGCCGUGUCCAUCCUCAGCAGCGGACGCAAUGACCGCAACCUCAAGGUCUCUACAUUCUGCGCCGAGGCUCUGACCGUUUGUAACGCCCUCCUCCACCCCCGCACUCCCUCCAUCGCCCUCCCCUUACCGCCCCUCACCCUGAAACCCACCCCCACCGCCCCAGUCCUCCCCUCCUCCCAGGGACCUACCGCCGGACUCACUUUGCCAACGCUCCUAGGAGGCCCCGCCCCCGGUCCUCCCUUCCCCACCCGCCACUCCCUCGGCCUGGGUCCCACCUCCCUGCUGGGCUCUCUGGAGAACCACCUCUCCCUGGUGCCGGGGCUCCCGGGCCAGGCCCCUGCCCCGGGAGACAUGAUCCUGUCCCCGCACGCGCACCACCAUCAGGACCCCGCCGGGCUGGGCCUCCCGGAGGGGCAGAGACCCGUGUUCGUCCGCUACGACAGGGAGGAGGCGGAGGACGUGGAGAUCUCUCUGGCGAGCGACUCGGAUGACAGCGUCGUCAUCGUUCCUCCGGGGAUGCUGAACAUGGAGAACCAGCAAGAUGAGACGGCGGCAAACUCUCAGAACAUGACCUCCGCUGCACCAGGAGGCGCUGCAGUCACACUACCAGGAGGAGAGUCCGUCACCAUGGUCCCCACCACAGCAACAACAACCACAAUAGACAGGGUCUCGCUCCCCAACGACCUCGCCACCUCCUCCCCGCUACUCACCACCUCCACCACCCCGAUCAACUCCUUCCCGCCUCCCAGCUCCUCGGUGGUCUCCCUGGUUCCACCGUUGAACUCCAGCACGCUCCCGGCUCCGCCCGGCGGUCUGGGUGACUCGUUGCCCGGCCGACCCCAGCUCCAGCAGAUGCUGAUGCAGCCCUCGGCGGCGGGCCAGCCCGGCGCCAUGGCGCUACCACUCCAGAUGCACCAGCUGCAGAAUCAGCUGAGCCAGCAGGGACGGCACCUCCACCAGCACCAACCGCCGCCCGCCAGCAACGAAGACUCCGCCGUCAUCAACAUUAACAGCACCGACGAGGAGGAAGAAGAGGAGGAGGACAUGGAGGAUGACGAGGAGCUGGACGAGGAGGAGGACGGGAUGGACGAGGAGGACGAGGAGGAGGAAGUGAGCGAUUUCGCCGAGGACGAGUUCUACGACGGGGAAGAGUACGACGAGUUUGAGGAAGAAGAGGGGGAAGAGCUGGAGGAAGAGGAGGAGGAGGAAGAGGACGGGGAUAUACCUCCACUGGAGGGAGCGGAGGACAAGGCUGGGGAGGCGGGGAUAGAGGGGGGGAACGUGCUCCGAGCGGCGGUGGAUGAAGCAGGGAUGGCCGGGUUCAGCGUGGAGGGAGAAGCAGAAGGAGGGAUCGAGGAGAUCCAGACCAACAGGACGCUGUUUGCAGAGGACAGGAUGAAGGUGCAGAAGGUGGAGAGCAUCGGCGUCCUGGAGGAGGCCCGGGAGGGCGAGGGGGACGGCGAGGAGGACGAGAGUGAAGGGAUGGACGACCCCACCAUGCCGCAGAUCCUGUGCGUCACCGGAGGAGCGCUGGAGGAGAGGGAGGAGACCGAGGAGGAGGGAGGCGGAGCGGCAGGAGGAGGAGAGCUGCAGGACGAGGCGACGACGAGGUCGUGGGAGCAAGGAGCCAAUGAGAUCGAGCUGACAGCCGCCGCAGAAGAAUGCUCAACCAAUCAGAAUCAACAGGAGCCGGGAGCAGAACCUGCACAAGAAGCCACCGUGAGUGGCGACCGGCCACCCAGUCGUCAGGAGGAGGAGGAGGAGGAAGAGGAGGAGGAGCUAGCAGCUGUUGAAGAGGGAGACCCCCCCAUAGUAGUAGCAGCAGCAGCAACGGAUCCCGAAACCUCAACAGACCCGACUACAAAAGAGGAACGAGAGGAGACGACGGACGCCGAGAAAAGAGAGCAAGUGAAGGCAGAGCAGCAGGAGACGGAAGGAGCAGGAGGCAGCGGAGAGAGUGAUGGAGAGGAGGAGGGGAAAGGAGUGAAGAGGAAGAGAGACGAUGCGCACAGGGAGGAAGAGGCGGGGCGAACCACGGAGAAGAAAAAGCGGGAUGAAGAAGCCAUUGCGUCCAUGUUGGCCGAUUUCGUCGCCUGUCCACCCGACGACGAAGACGGCGCCUCCGGAUCGAACCGCUCAUAAAUAUUUACCAACCCUGGACUGAUUUGACGUUACCAUGGAUACAGCAGAUACUGCUGGGAUACUGAAUCAUUAGUGACAUUUCCCAAGUUUUAGUUACCUCCAUUACAUCAUGACACCACCAACUUUUUACUCUCAUCCAGCUUGAAGUAGUUUAACAUGAAGCUAAGAGAAGUAGCACAUAACUUCAGUCCCAAGUACAGCUGCCUUUUGUUCUUGUAUACAGUACAUAGUAUCCUACAGUUGGUGUAUCCAGUGAUUUUCUCGGAUUUAUAUGUAUCUUGUGUGCUCUUUAUGUUUUGUCAUCACUGUCAUAUGCUUUGUUAUAAAAGAAAGUAAAAAAAAAA